CUUCUGGCUCCGCUUCCGGCUCCUGGACUCCUUUCCUGUUCGCACGGAGGGGCUGCUGUCUGGGGCGGUAAUCUCACUACUGGGACUGAAACCCAGGACCUUGCCCAUGUGAGGUACACCUAAAACUCCUGCCUGGUGACUCAGCUGAUGAGGAGAAGGGGACUUCCAACCAAUCCAAUUCAGCAUCAUGGCCUCAUCAUGUGUGAUAGAGUGGCAGGCUGGCUACUUGGCGAGCUUGGCGUUGGUGCUUCUGUGGUGCAUGCCCAUGGCAGGUGGGCUGGACGUGGAUAUGGCAGAAAUGACACAAAUGGUAUUCCUACAUGACAAUGUCACCAUAACCUGCAAAAUCCGUGGUUCCCCACGACUUGACAUUGACACUGUAGGAAUCAUCUGGUUUGUGAAGAAUGAGCUGAAUAAAUCUGAGGUCAAGGUAUUUGAGUUUUAUGGAAAUCACCUAGAGUCAUUCCGACCUGGAGCCACGGUGCCACUGUUGGGGCUGGAGUCAGGAGAUGCCUCACUCCAUCUGCCUGAGGUCCAGCUGUGGGAAGCAGGAGAAUACCGAUGCAUGCUGGUAGUCACUCCUGACAAAGCAGAGGGAAAGACCAUGCUAGAAGUUGUGGCUUACCCAACCAUUAGAUUAUUUGUGAAACCAUCUACAGUGAGAAAUGAUGAAGAGGAACAUAUUAUAUGUGAGCUAGAUGGAUUCUACCCAGAAGCCUUUAGCAUAAAGUGGGGGAAGUAUACCCUGAAGGAUUCCCAGUUCCAAGAAAUUACUGAGGGCCAUGUCACCGGUCCCACGCUGAAGAAUGAUGAUGGCACAUUCAAUGUUUCCAGCUACUUGACUCUGAAGCCAUCUCUGGAAGACCGUGGGACUACCUACCAGUGUGUGGUGUUGCACAGAUCCUUGCUUGUCCCCAAGAGGCUCAAUGUCACACUGUCUGAGGAAGGAACCAAGGAUGUGCACUUUGCCUUUUUUGCCUUUUUGGUUCUACUGCUUCCUGCAGCUUACACUCUUUGGAGAUGGUACUCAUCACAAUUUUGCAGGAAUACUUAACUGAAGAAGGUGCUGUCUUAGGCUUUUAUUGCUGUGAAGAGAUACCAUGACCAAAACCACAACCACUCUUGAAAAGAUUUAAUUGAGGAUGGCUCAUUUGCAGUUUCAGAGGUUCAGUCCAUUAUUGAUGAGAGAUUCCCCUCUGUAUGCUGUGAAUAUAUUUUAU